AUGGCAGCCUAUACGACUAAUCCGUACGUGGAAGCGGUAGCCGACGAACUCGAUUUGUUUUCUACCCCGCCUACGUUUACCGGCGUAGAGAAAUUUUAUUACGUGAAUUAUAGACCGACCUCUCAGAUUACAACGGAUACCAGCCCCGUGGAAUUUAAUAUAUCAAAUCAAGGUAUCGAUUACAUCGACCUUCAACGCACCAAACUGUACGUGAGAGCCAAAAUAACCAAGUCUGAUGGAAAAUCGCUAGUCGAGGAUGAGCAAGUAGCCCCGGUCAACUUAUGGCUUCACAGUUUAUGGUCGCAAGUGGAUCUCACGCUGAACGGGAAACUCGUUACGAGUUCCAGCAAUCUGUACCCCUACAAAAGUUACCACAAGAGGAUCCUGAACGCUUCCAACGAUACCAAACAGUCCUCUCUUCAAGCGCAGUUGUAUUAUAAAGACGACGGAGACUCAGAUGAAACGAAUCCUAUAGCGGGUAUUAAUUCCGGGUUGGUCCACAGAAACACCUAUUCCAAAAUGAGUAAAUCCGUCGAUAUGCAGGGGUCCUUGUGCGAAGAUUUCAUGGAUAUCAACAGGUACUUGUUGAACGGCGUCUCUCUCCAGCUCAAACUUUACCCGACGAGACAGAAGUUUAAUCUCAUGUCGGGACAAACGGGUCUUGACUACAAAGUCGUCCUCCAAGACGUUUACCUGACCGUCUGCAAAGGGCGACCCAGCAUGAACAUCAUCACGAGGCAUGCGAGGAUGCUGGGAGAGACCACCGCUAAAUAUCCCUUCACCAACAAGGUGGUCGUGUGUCUGGUAUCGGCAGAGGCCGCUAAUGGAAAUUAUACGAAAAAACCCUUUAACUUUGCCAUGUACGACGUCAACGGAGAGUCUCUUCCCUCCCAGCCUCUGAGCCUCAGUUCGGGACAGAUUGUCACCGCCUACGAGAGACUGUUCGAAGGCCGAGAACACCUUGGAUCAGAUAUAACCAGAUACAAUUUUUCCAUGGGUUCACGUUGGAACCAGAACACUUGA